AGCGGAGCAGACGCGUUGGCCGCAGCGGAGACUUCCGAGCUGGCCUCAGGAGACGAGUGGUGAGGUAAGUUAUAAUCUGGCUUGAACACCGGACUGGGGCGGCUCCCAGGUCCUGGGAGUCGGGGGACCACGAAGGGCGCAGGGUCUAGGCUCACCGCCCACCUCUAGCAGUUUGUGCCGGACUCCUGGGUCCUUCAGGCUCCUCCCUAUGGGCGGGACCAGGUGGUUGGACCAAUGACCGGCCGUCCCUGGGGCCCCGCCCCUGCCCUGGCCCCGGAGCGGCGGCCUCCCAGAGUGCCUAACCGCCCGGUACCCAGGCCUGGGGCAGCUCGAGCGCGGAUCCUACCACUGGACACCAAGAUGCCUGGUGAACAACAGGCAGAAGAGGAGGAAGAGGAAGAGAUGCAGGAGGAGAUGGUGCUGCUGGUGAAGGGUGAGGAGGAUGACGGUGAGGAGAAGUAUGAGGUGGUGAAACUCAAGAUUCCCGUGGACAACAAGGAGGUCCCGAGCGAGGCGCCAGCGCCGCCCCCUGACCCGGCACGCCCUCACGCGUGCCCGGACUGCGGCCGCGCCUUUGCGCGCCGCUCCACGUUGGCCAAGCACGCACGCACGCACACAGGCGAACGGCCCUUCGCGUGCACAGUGUGUGGCCGGCGCUUCUCACAGAAGUCGGCGCUGACCAAACACGGCCGCACGCACACAGGCGAGAGGCCAUACGAAUGCCCCGAGUGCGACAAGCGCUUCUCUGCUGCUUCAAACCUGCGGCAGCAUCGGCGGCGACACACUGGCGAGAAGCCGUACGCAUGCGCGCACUGCGGCCGCCGCUUUGCUCAGAGCUCCAACUACGCGCAACACCUGCGCGUGCACACGGGCGAGAAGCCGUACGCGUGCCCGGACUGCGGACGCGCCUUUGGCGGCAGUUCGUGCCUGGCGCGCCACCGACGCACGCACACGGGUGAGCGGCCGUACGCAUGCGCCGACUGCGGCACGCGCUUCGCGCAGAGCUCGGCGUUGGCCAAACACCGGCGCGUGCACACAGGCGAGAAGCCGCACCGCUGCGCCAUAUGCGGCCGCCGCUUCGGCCACCGUUCCAACCUGGCGGAGCAUGCGCGCACGCAUACAGGCGAGCGGCCCUACCCUUGCGCGGAGUGUGGCCGCCGAUUCCGUCUUAGUUCGCAUUUCAUUCGCCACCGUCGCGCGCACAUGCGGCGUCGCCUCUUUAUCUGUGUUGGCUGUGGUCGUGACUUCAAGCUACCUGCAGGUGCCACGGCUGCCACUGCCACAGAGCGUUGCCCGGAGUGUGAGGGCAGCUGAGUUGCUGCUCCUGUUGCCGCGGUGCUGCGAGUGUCCUGUUGGGGGAGAAAAGCGCUGGAACUUAAGACCUGGCCGAAGCUGGACAACUGCGCCCCGGCACCCAAGCUUGGGAAAUGGUGGGACUUCAGGCCUGGCUGUUCUGGAACUGGGAGACUGGGAGAAUCCCCUGCCAGGGUCCCUGGACACCACGCCUACAUUCCCUCGGGCUGUAUUAGUGAAUAAAGUAUUAUAUCUUCACCUCA